GGAUUAUAUAAUUAGGUAUAGUUUAAUUAACCCAAAUAUGAUUAUAAUUUAUAAAGUAUAGUUUAAUUUACCCAAUUCAAAAAGUGGUCGUAUACACGUUAAUAUGUCCCACUAUUGAUUGGGACUUCCGAGAAUAUCUGGUCGCUUUUAAGGCUUUCCUUGUCGAUCUGAUUUCUCCGGUGGACAUUUAAUCGGAGAUCAACCUAAAUUCUCCGCUUCCCUCCGCCGCAUCAAUCAAAAACCAUCCUCGAUCUGAUCUCUCUUCUCCUGCUUCUAAUCAUAGAACAAAUCACACAUUGAUCAAAGAUCAACCAAAAGCAAGAAAUUUUUGAUCUAAAAUGGUGGAGAGAACGAUGAGUUUGGGGGUAGGAGGAAAUGGAGAAACCUCAGGAGUCAGAGAAACGAUGUGGGCACAACAAGAGCUUCUUCAAAAGAUCAAUCAAGAACUUGACGCAGAACGUGAAGCUUCUUCAUCUGCUGCAAGCGAGGCUUUAUCGAUGAUUCUACGGCUUCAAGGUGAGAAAGCUGCGUUGGAGAUGGAAGCUAGUCAGUACAAGAGAAUGGCGGAGGAGAAAAUGUGUCAUGCUGAGACAUCUCUUGUGCUUUUCGAAGAUCUGAUUUAUCAGAAGGAAAUGGAGAUUGCGUCUCUUGAGUUUCAGGUUCAGGCUUAUAGAUGUAAAUUACUCAGCCUUGGUUGCUCUGAUCCUGCUGUGAUUGAGAAUAAGUUCCCUGAAACUCUCAUCUUUUCCGGUGAAAACUCUCGUGGCAAUCAAAAGAGGAAGAUGAAGAGAAAUCUUUCGAGUCCAUUUGAUGGCAUAUCUAGUGAAAGAAGUUUACUUUUGUCUGAUGUUAAUGGUGAAAGCUUUGAGGAGAAGAAAGGUCUUGUAGAGAGUAGUUCUGUAUCUCCUCGUGAAGACUUGAAUGCGUAUUGGGAACAGAUUAGGAGAAUAGAUGAGCAUGUUAGAGAGAUUUCAGACUCUAGAGAUACUCAGAAGGCAUCUAAAUUCCCUUUGAUUAGGCGUGAGUCAAUUUCACAUGCGUUGGUGUCACAAGUUAGCAAUACUAUACUUGAGUCAGCUAAGAGUGAUGUUAGUUCGAUUAUGGAGAUGAUGAAGAACCCUGAAAGAUUCUCUGUAAAAGAUGCUUCUUUAGAGACUCCGAUUCUGUCUCCGAAGAAUGUUCAAGACAUCUUCGAGGUUCCUAGGACGAAAGAAAGUCUUACAAUCAUCUCGGAAGAAGAGGAAGCCGAAGAAAGAAAUGUUAGAGGCAAGAUGGUGACUAGUAAUUACGAUAGAAAAGUGAGUAAGCCGCCAAGAGAUACGAGCAUCAAGGGAGAACAUUUGAGUUUGCUAAAGGAGAUUCGAGAACAGCUCAAUGUAAUGCAGUCAGAGAUGAGAAGCUUAAGAUCAGAACUGCAUCAUCAAUCUAAACCUGUGUCCAAUCCCGAAGAGGAUCUAGUCCUUAACUCAAUUCAAGAGGCAAUGAUUCACUUCUGGCUUUAGAAGCUACCAUGCGGCGUGGUUCUAGUUUUCCAUAUGUAAAGUUACUUAAACUUUUCAGGGAUGUAAAAAGAAAAUUGAUUGAUUUCAGAGUAAAUCUCUGGUAUUUGUAAGUAAC